GCGGGCGCGCGGGAGGGCGGGCCGCGGGGCGGGCGCGGGCGGCGGCGGAGGGAUCCGCGGCGGCGCGGGUGGGGCGGCGCGGGGCGGGGCGUGGGCGUGGCCGGCGUGGGCGUGGCCUGCGCGGGGCGGGGGGCGGAACAUGUCUCCCGCCGCAGGAAGAUGAGGCAGCGGCGGCGGCCGCGGGCGUAGCGGGCGGACCGAGCCCAGCGUCGCGGGCGGCGGGCACCGCGGGCUCCGCGCACGCCGCCUCCGCCAGCCCCGGCCGCGCAGGCCCCGCGGGCGGCCACGCGGGAGGGCCGCGCCACGCGCCGCCGCCGCCCACGCGCGACCCUCGGGCCCGCGCGCCGCCCUUUGUCCGGGGGGGCCGUUCAUGCCGCCGCCCGCGCGCCGCGGGCCGGGCCGCGCCGAGCAGGGCCGUCUCUAGGCCUGAGGUGCCCACCCUGGCCCCUGUGCCCACCGUUGCCGCCGGAGAAUGAACCAGCCGCAGAGGAUGGCGCCCGUGGGCACGGACAAGGAGCUGAGUGAUCUCCUGGACUUCAGCAUGAUGUUCCCUCUGCCGGUGGCCAACGGGAAGGGCCGGCCUGCCUCCCUGGCCGGCGCCCAGUUCGGAAGCUCAGGUCUCGAGGACCGGCCCAGCUCGGGCUCCUGGGGCGCCGGCGACCAGAGCGCUUCCUCCUUCGACCCCAGCCGGACCUACGGUGAAGGCGCCCACUUCAGCGAGUCCCACGGCGGCCUCUCUUCGUCCACAUUCCUGGGCCCCGGGCUGGGAGGCAAGGGUGGCGAGCGGAGCGCGUACACUGCCUUCGGGAGAGACGCGGGGGUUGGCGGCCUGACUCAGGCUGGCUUUCUGCCCAGCGAGCUGGCCCUCAGCAGCCCCGGGCCACUGUCCCCGUCGGCCGUCAAGGGCGGCUCCCAGUAUUACUCCUCCUACCCCGGGCACGCUCGGCGGAGAGCCGCGGACAGCGGCCUGGACUCGCAGCCCAAGAAAGUCCGGAAGGGGCCUCCGGGCCUCCCGUCCUCGGUGUACCCACCCAGCUCAGGUGACGACUACGGCAGGGACGCCACUGCCUACCCGUCUGCCAAGACCCCUGGCAGCACCUACCCCUCUCCCUUCUACAUGGCAGAUGGCACCCUGCACCCCUCGGCUGAGCUCUGGAGCCCCUCGGGCCAGGCGGGCUUCGGGCCCAUGCUGGGUGGGGGCUCGUCCCCCCUGCCCCUCCCGCCAGGCGGUGGCAGCUCCGUGGGCAGUAGUGGCAGCGGGUUUGGCGGCUUGCACCAGCACGAGCGCCUGGGCUACCAGCUGCACGGCGCGGAGGUGAACGGCGGGCUCCCGGCCGUGGCUACCUUCUCCUCAGCCCCCGCGGCCGCCUACGGCAGCGUCUCCGGCCCCACACCCCCCGUCAGCGGGGCCGAUAGCCUCAUGGGCUCCCGCGGGACCACGGCCAGCAGCUCCGGGGACGCCCUUGGGAAGGCGCUGGCCUCGAUCUACUCCCCGGAUCACUCAAGCAAUAACUUCUCGUCCAGCCCCUCGACCCCCGUGGGCUCCCCCCAGGGCCUGGCAGGGACGUCGCAGUGGCCCCGAGCGGGAGCCCCUGGUGCCUUAUCGCCCAGCUACGACGGGGGUCUCCACAGCCUGAACAAGAUGGAGGACCACCUGGACGAGGCCAUCCACGUGCUGCGCAGCCACGCCGUGGGCACAGCGGGCGACGUGCACGGGCUGCUGCCCGGCCAUGGGGCGCUGGCCUCAGGCUUUGCCGGCCCUGUCAUGCCGCUGGGCGGGCGGCACGGCGGCCUGGUGGGAGGCAGCCACUCGGAGGACGGCCUUGCAGGCAGCGGCAGCCUCCUGCACAACCACGUGGCCCUGCCCAGCCAGCCCAGCGCCCUCCCCGACCUCCCUCGGCCGCCCGACGCCUACAGCGGGCUCGGGCGCGCGGGCGCCGCGUCGGGCGCCGGCGAGAUCAAGCGGGAGGAGAAGGAGGACGAGAACGCGUCGGCGGCCGACCCCGCGGAGGACGAGAAGAAGGAGCUGAAGCCGCCCCGGCCGCGCACCAGCCCGGACGAGGACGAGGACGACCUUCUCCCCCCAGAGCAGAAGGCUGAGCGGGAGAAGGAGCGCCGCGUGGCCAAUAACGCGCGGGAGCGGCUGCGGGUGCGCGACAUCAAUGAGGCUUUUAAGGAGCUGGGGCGCAUGUGCCAGCUGCACCUCAACAGCGAGAAGCCCCAGACCAAACUGCUCAUCCUGCACCAGGCCGUGUCGGUCAUCCUCACCCUGGAGCAGCAGGUGCGAGAGCGUAACCUGAAUCCCAAAGCCGCCUGCCUGAAGCGCCGAGAAGAGGAGAAGGUGUCGGGCGUGGUCGGAGACCCCCAGAUGGUGCUUUCGGCCGCCCACCCAGGCCUGAGCGAGGCCCACAACCCGGCCGGGCACAUGUGAAGGGGCCGCCGCCGAGGGACAAGUGCCCGACCUCGGUCCAGCCCGGGACGGUCACGCCGGGCGCCCGGUCUCCAUCCCCAACGUGGGCCGGACGGUCCGCUCACACGCCCGUGGGCAGCGUCGAGCCGACAGCGACCGGGAAGGCUGCGCGCGCCAGGGCUCUGGAGGUGACGCCGGCCCGGGAGCCUGUCCCCUCGGCCGUGCCCACCCCCAGGUCUCGGCCGGGAGUCGCCUGACGGAUCCUGAAACUGCGUCCCGGCCCUGCCUCCCAGGACGGGCCGAGAGGAACAUUUUUUUUGUAAACAAAACCGGAAAGCAAGCAAGAAAUACACACUUGGUCGGAAAAGAGAAAAAAUGCCUUAAGUAGGAAACGUGGCAGAGUCAGAACAUAUCACCCCCCGAGGGAGAUGCUGUGCGAACCUGGCUUGUUCUUCUGAAGCCACCAGCAAAUUGUGCCUACGCCUGAUAUUUUUUUUAAGGAAAAUAAAAAGAACAUUAGUUACGAGAUUUUUUUUUUUUUUUAAUGUAGAAGAUAAUUAGCGAGGAUGCCGCCUUUGGUCUCUUGGUUUUUUGUUUUUUUUUAGCUUCUUUUGCAUAUGUUUUGUAAGCAACAAAUUUUUUUGUAUAAAAGUCUCGUGUCUCUUGCUGUU